UCUUUUUGAAAAAGAAAAGCUUACUACACGAGGUAAAAAUUAUAAAUAUCCAUGUGAUGAAAUAGAUUCUAUCCACAUUAUUGCCGAUAUUAUGACUCUCGAAGCGAAAAAAAAUCCCUGGCCUAAUGAACCAGAUGCUUAUGAAUUAUUGGAUAUUAUAGGGUAUGGGGCCACGGCAACCGUUCAGGCCGCUUUCUGUAAGAGUAGAAACGAAAAAUGUGCUAUCAAAAGGAUAAAUUUAGACAAAUGCAAUGUGACCAUGGACGAAUUACUGAAAGAAAUUACCGUGAUGAGCCAAUGCCACCACGAGAACGUUGUCAGUUAUUUUACUUCCUUCGUGGUCAAAGAUGAAUUGUGGUUGGUUAUCGAAUUGUUGAGAGGAGGUUCCUUGCUCGACGAAAUAAAGAGAAUAAUGAGAUCUCAGGAUUGCAAGAAUGGGGUUUUAGAGGAAGUUCUUAUAGCGACGAUUAUGAAGGAGGUCCUCAAGGGAAUCGAAUAUUUUCACAAUAAUAAUCAGAUACACAGAGAUAUCAAAGCGGGUAACAUUUUGUUAGGCGAAGAUGGUGCGGUUCAAAUAGCAGAUUUUGGGGUCAGUUCAUGGAUCAACACUGGCGGUAAUUUGGAUAGAAGAAACAUAAGGCACACAUUUGUGGGUACGCCUUGCUGGAUGGCCCCGGAGGUUAUGGAACAGGUCAGUGGUUACAACGCUAAGGCGGAUAUAUGGAGUUUCGGGAUAACGGCUAUCGAAUUAGCCACCGGAACUGCUCCAUAUUACAAAUAUCCUCCUAUGAAAGUAUUGAUGUUAACUCUUUCCAACGACCCUCCUAACCUCGAAACGGCUGCCGAUGAUAAGGAUCAAUACAAAAAUUACAGCAAAGUGUUCAGGAAAAUGGUUGCGGAUUGUUUGCAAAAGGACCCAGAAAAAAGACCAACUGCUACCGAACUGUUGAAACAUCCUUUUUUCAAAAAAGCUAAAGACAAAAAGUACAUCUACCAGACCCUAAUCUGCGACAGGCAUUGCUCAAGACCACCACCUCAAGUCGUUGUCAAAAAGUCGACACCAUCUCUAACCUACGGCCGACUCCACCGCACCGAAACUGGCGAGUGGGAAUGGUCCGGGGAGGACGAUAACAACGACACCGAGCAGUCCAAAUCUAUGUUAACCACUCCUAAAUCUAUUCCUAAAGCUGCCCAACGAGAAAUAGAUGAUAAGCAAGCCACUAUAUCAUCUUCUGGGUCUUCUCGUCCCUUUGUCCAAUCGGAUGAUCGAGAAGAUUACGAUAGCGGUGAAGGACUCUCGGAAGGAGGGCAAGAAACCAGAAAGUCCAACGUAGCCGAGGCCAGACGGGGAAACGAGUCAAUCCGAGCUCAAUUUUUCAAAACUCCUUCUUCACCGCCGACCUCCUCUAUCAAUUCGGACGGUUCCUCGUUGCCUACUAAUAACAGUAGUGAUAGAGGCGGCUGCCACGUAGCCUUCCAAGAACAGCAACAACUCACACUAUACCUAGCCCUACGUAUAAGAAAUUCCAAAAAAGAACUCAACGAUAUCAAAUUCGAUUUCACACCUUGUUCAGAUACCGACGAAGGAGUCGCCCAAGAAUUAUUAGGUGCCGGUUUAAUAGAAGAGGCGGACGUUGAAACAGUAGCCGAAAAUUUGAGCAAAGUUACACGUACCCCUUAUCAAGAAGGUGCUUCUUUAGUAUUUUCCUUGAAUAGUGCUAUCACAGAAUCCCCGGAUAAAAAAUCUUUGAUAGGGUUCGCCCAGCUGACACUUAUAAGUGUCUCAUCCGCCGGUGAACGAGAAAAGAUUAUCCCUUUGGAACGAUUGAACGAGGUUGAAACAGACGAGUCAAAUCACCACCACCAUUACAGAAAUCGUUACUUGGCAAGUAAUUCUAUAGAAACUCGGAGCGAGAGCUCCGGGCCCGACGUGAAGCUCGAAAAUUACGCUGGCGAUAAUCGCGCGUGAUUUAUAAGUGGGCAAUCAUUGCGAUGGGGAAAAUAUACGUGUUCGAAUACCAUUAAACGGAACUAACCAAAGAUGGCGUUAAACUACUAUAUAUUUUUUUUUAUAAACGACACUACAAAAAUUGGUAAUAAAAUCGUUCAUGCGUAAAUCGGCUCCUCUUGGAAAAUGGGAAUUUUUUUUUUAAAUUUAUUAUAUUUUUUUAUAAAUCAUCCAAUAACUAAUCUAUUUGUAAUAAUUUUUUUUUUAUAAAAUAUAUUUAUUAUUAUAUACAAUUUCAUUUUUCUUUGUGUGAUAAAGUUCAAUUAGAUAAAUAAUAAUUAAC